AUGGUCAAUGACCUGGAAUACCGAGGUCCAUUAAGAGUGUUUCUAAAGCUGUCUUCAGGUGGGAAAUGUACAAGCAGGCAGGGAACAUCCUAUGAGAACAUGACCAUCAUUGUUGAAAACUAUGUGGGGAGCUUGAUAUCGGAGUAUCCAUACUGGAAUAGAACCCUGGGUGCAGAUCAUUUUUUUGUCACUUGUCAUGAUGUUGGUGUGAGGGCUACCGAAGGACUUCAAUUUCUUGUAAAGAAUUCGAUUCGAGUUGUGUGCUCCCCAAGCUAUGAUGUUGGAUUCAUUCCACACAAGGACGUUGCUCUCCCUCAAGUACUGCAACCAUUUGCUCUUCCAGCUGGAGGAAAUGAUGUCAAAAAUAGGACAACUCUUGGUUUUUGGGCUGGUCACAGGAACUCUAAAAUUAGAGUUAUACUUGCACGUGAAUGGGAGAAUGACACAGAACUUGAUAUUGCGAACAACAGAAUAAACAAAGCUACUGGACAUCUAGUAUAUCAAAAGAAAUUUUAUAGGACUAAGUUCUGCAUCUGCCCUGGUGGUUCCCAGGUCAACAGUGCUCGCAUAGCAGAUUCAAUCCAUUAUGGAUGCAUCCCUGUCGUGCUGUCUAAUUACUAUGAUCUGCCUUUCAAUGAUAUUGUUGACUGGCGAAAAUUCUCGGUAAUACUCAAGGAGAAUGAUGUAUAUCAGCUGAAGCAAAUUCUCAAGAACAUUACUGAUGCAGAGUUUAUUGCUCUACACAAUAAUUUAGUUCAGGUCCAGAAGCACUUUCAGUGGAAUUCCCCUCCUGUCAGAUAUGAUGCUUUCCAUAUGGUUAUGUAUGACCUUUGGUUACGCCACCAUGUGAUCAAUUUUGUGAUUUCUAGUAGAGUUCAUUUGCCAAAUGAGGAGUAUGUGGCAGGAUCUUCUGUUUUAAUUUGA